AUGGGACAUGAGGAGCAUGGAGGGACUUGGCACAUGGAAGCAGCUCAACUGGAUACGCAAAGGAAGAAGGGAGAAGCCAUCUUGAAGACCAGCUCGACCGUCCACUCGACCAACCGGUCGAGUUCCUCAACUCGACCGGCCAAGCUUCAACUCGAUCGAGCUGGGGAGUCAAAAGGGGAAUGGAAACCCUUUGGGAAUGGACUCGGUCGAGCUAGGCAAACUCGACCGAUUGGUCAAGGAGAUGCUCCAAACCGCCACCAACAGAGACAAGGGAUUGUUCCACCACCAGUGCAGAACCACAACUUUGAGAUCAAGCUGGGAAUGAUCAACCUUGUCCAGAACAAGAUGUUCCAUGGAUUGCCAAGUGAAGACCCCAUUGACCACCUUGAUGAGUUUGAUAGGCUUUGUGAUUUGACAAAGAUCAAUGGUGUCUCUGAAGAUGCCAUCAAGCUGAGACUCUUUCCUAUGUCUCUAGCUGACAAAGCUCACCAAUGGGAGAAGAGCUUGCCCCAUGGCACAAUCACCACUUGGGAUGAAUGCAAGAAGGCCUUUCUUGCUAAGUUUUUCUCCACCGGUCGCACAGCCAAGCUUAGAGGAGAGAUAUCCAGCUUCAUCCAGCGAAACAAUGAGACAUUCGCAGAGGCUUGGGAGAGGUUCAAAGGCUACACAAGUCAGUGCCCACACCAUGGAUUCAACAAUGAAUCACUACUCUCCACUCUUUAUAGAGGAUGCUUGCCUAGGUAUAGGGAGAUGCUAGACACAGCUAGCAAUGGGAACUUCCUCAACCAGGAUGUAGAUGAUGGCUGGCAACUUGUGGAGAACAUGGCCAUAUCAACAGAAUGCUAUGGAGAGCACUAUGAAAGUACAGAUGGAGCUCGACCGCACUCGAUCGAGCUGGACGCUCAGAUGAGAAAAGACAUGCUUGCACUCAACUCGAAGUUGGACAAACUGAUCCUAGCCCAAUUCCCUGCCAAGCAUGUCAACUAUGUCUCAGAACAAACCUUAGUCAAGGACCAGGAAGGGGAGGAGACAACACAAGAAGUUUGCUACAUUCAAAAUAGACAAGGAAGCUAUAGGAAUCCUCAACAAGGGCGAUACAACAAUUAUCAAGCCCCCUGGCCGCACCUACAACAAAGUGUUCCACAAGGCUUCAACACAAGGACUACUCAUACCCAACCAACUCAUGAUUGGGAUAUGAAGGAAAUGCUCCAACAACUUUUACAAGGGCAAGCCAAAGGUUCUCUGGAAAUGAACAACAAGCUGGUUGAGAUACACUCUAAACUAGAGUCAUUGACUUCAAGAGUCCAAAUCAUUGAGUCUUCAAGUGCAUCAUCCUCUUCACCACAAGAGUAUGCCCAAGCAGUUACACUAAGAAGUGGAAAGCAAUUCCCGAGUAGAGGUAGCCCACCCCAAAUCGCUGUGGACAUCGAUGACGAGGAAGGGGAGGAUUUAGUCGACUAUGCUGAUAACUCGACUCCGAACUCGAUCGAGCUGGAACAAAACCCUGAACCAGAACUCGAUCGAGCUGAAGAAACUGAGACACUGCAAGACAAACCAGAGCUCGAUCGAGCUGAGAAGAGAGCAGACAAAGCAAACUCCAGCCAACCAGCUAAACCUGUUGCAAAGAAGAAAGACACUCCAGCAGGACCACCACCAUACAAGCCCCCUCUGCCCUUUCCAGGAAGGUUCAAGAAACAACUGUUGGAAGCACACAAGGCCAAGUUUGAUGAACUAAUGAGACAGCUUGAGUUGAAGUUGCCCUUCAUCGAUGCCUUGAUGCUCAUUUCAGCAGCAAAGAACCAGGGAAGCACAAGGGAUGGUAGUGUUGACUCGCGAGUGCAGUGCAAUCAUUCAGCGGAAGGUCAUCUCCGACAAAAAGGAAGAUCCGGGGAGUUUCACUUUGCCCUGCAUGUUGGACCCCUAUCUUUCAAAAACAGUCUCUGCGAUCUAGGAUCAUCUGUCAGCCUCAUGCCUUUGUCUGUAGCAAAGAGACUGGGAUAUCACAAGUACCAAGCCUGCGGAAUCUCACUAGUCUUGGCAGAUAGAUCGAUAAGGUUACCAACUGGGAUGCUUGAAGACCUGCCUUUGAGGAUAGGGAAUGUGGAAAUCCCCACAGACUUCAUUGUGCUUGAGAUGGAUGAGGAACCAACAGAUCCAUUGAUUCUAGGAAGGCCAUUCCUAGCUACAGCAAGAGCAAUGAUAGAUGUCUGUGAAGGAACAAUUGAGUUAAACUUGGGAAAGGACCUGAAGAUGAAGUUUGAUAUCAAGGAUACAAUGAGGAAACCAACUAUAGAAGGUCAGCUCUUUUAUGUUGAGGAAAUGGAUCAGUUGGCAGAUGAGCUUCUAGAAGAGUUAUCAACAGAGGAUCCACUACAAGUUGCUUUGACCAAGGAUUCUUCAGAGGGAUAUGUGAGCUCAGAAACUGAUGAGUACAAGAAGCUCCUUGACACCUUCAGACCAGUUCCAAACAUUCUGAGCAUUGAGGAUUGGACAGGCCAGUUUGCGAAGUCAUGGCACAAGGAGCAAGCUCAAGGAGAUUGGUCUGAGCUUAAGGCGCCUAAAGUCGACCUCAAACCUUUGCCUGAGGGCCUCAGGUAUGCAUUUCUGGGUGAAAACUCAACUUACCCUGUCAUUGUGAACUCUGAUUUGGAACCUGAACAGUUGAGUGCUUUGCUUGUUGAAUUGAGAAAGUACAGAAAGGCAAUAGGUUACACUCUAGAUGAUAUCAAGGGGAUCUCCCCUGACCUAUGCAUCCAUAGGAUUCAUCUAGAGGAUGAAAGUAAGUCAAGCAUUGAACCUCAGAGAAGGUUGAACCCCAAUCUAAAGGAAGUAGUGAAGAAAGAGAUACUCAAGUUGCUUGAUGCUGGGAUAAUCUAUCCCAUCAGUGAUAGCACUUGGAUAUCUCCAGUUCAUUGCGUCCCAAAGAAAGGGGGGAUCACUGUCAUUAAAAACGACAAAGAGGAGCUGAUUCCCACUAGAACAAUAGUGGGGCAUCGCAUGUGUAUUGACUAUAGGAAGCUAAAUUCAGCAUCUAGAAAGGAUCAUUUCCCUCUCCCUUUCAUUGAUCAGAUGUUAGAAAGAUUGGCAAACCACCCUUUUUAUUGUUUUCUUGAUGGCUACAGUGGUUUCUUCCAAAUCCCGAUCCACCCUAAUGAUCAGGAGAAGACCACUUUCACAUGCCCUUAUGGCACCUUUGCUUAUCGAAGGAUGCCAUUUGGGCUGUGCAAUGCCCAGCUACUUUCCAGAGGUGCAUGA